CACUGACAUGACGUGGCCACUUUCCUCCGAAUACAACAAAGCUUUCGCUCCGAGGCUCCGGGCAUCCUUAUCUGCAGUGGGGUUUAACAUCAGUCCUUUUUAUUGGAUUAAAUGCAAAUGCAACUUGGAGGGCCGAACCACGUUAGUUAACAGUUCGGACCUACGAUACUAUGUGGAAAAAUACGUUUCUGGGAGUUUGAAGUCAGUGCUGCAAAUUAGGAGAAGAUGCCGGUGGUCUGAACCAGAGCAGUGGAGAGUAGAGCCCAGUAAAGUGCCUGACCUGGACACCACGCUGAGCGGCGAGAUGAAGAGGAAUAUCCUGCUCUCCGAGUUGUCUGUCAGACUGGCUCUACUGGCGGUCUUCCUAGUGACAGAGCAGCUUCCCCCCUUUCACCGUCAGAUUCAACCAGAAGAAAUGUGGUUGUACAAGUUCCACCCGGUGAAGAGAGAUCACGUUCCCACCUCGCUCAUGUUUGCCGUGGCGUGCUUCACCCCUCUCUUGGUGAUCCUGCUGUUUGUUGUCCUGGGGAAGGCGGAGCGAGGGGAUGUGAGGGAGGGGUCUCUGGCGGUGAGCCUAACCCUGGUGUUGAACGGAGUGGUGACCAACGCCAUCAAGCUGGCUGUGGGCAGGCCGAGACCAGACUUCUUCUAUCGUUGUUUCCCCGACGGACAGAUGAACCAGGAACUGCACUGCAGCGGUGACCUGGAAGUGGUCAUCGAAGGCAGGAAGAGCUUCCCCAGCGGACACUCGUCCUUUGCGUUCGCAGGGCUGGGCUUCACGGCGCUGUACGUGGGGGGGAAGCUGCGCUGCUUCAGCCCGGCGGGGCGCGGCCAGGCCUGGCGCCUGUGUGCCUUCCUCAGCCCCCUGCUGCUGGCCGUGCUGAUCGCCCUCUCCAGGACGUGCGACUACAAGCACCACUGGCAAGAUGUGAUGGUGGGCUCAGCCCUGGGCAUGCUGUUCUCCUGGCUGUGCUACAGACAGCACUACCCCUCCCUGCAGGAUCCAGACUGCCACCGGCCCCUACGCCACCGAGAGGCCGUGCCCUCCAAGCAGGAGCGCAAGCUGGCCAACUCCAACUACAUACUCCCCCUGUAGCGCUGCUGUCCUGGUCCACAUUUCCCCUGGUCCACAGCUACCCUGAUCCACACCUCCCCUGAUCCACACCUCCCCUGGUCCACAUCUCCCCUGGUCCACAGCUUCCCUGGUCCACAGCUGCCCUGGUCCACAGCUGCCCUGGUCCACAGCUGCCCUGGUCCACAUCUCCCCUGGUCCACAUCUCCCCUGGUCCACAGCUGCCCUGGUCCACAUCUCCCCUGGUCCACAUCUCCCCUGGUCCACAGUUGCCCUGGUCCACAUCUCCCCUGGUCCCCACCUCCCCUGGUCCACAUCUCCCCUGGUCCACACCUCCCCUGGUCCACACCUCCCCCCUGUCCACUACAUACAUGCAUAUCUUCAUGUUUCACCACUCCAUCUCAUCCACAGUAUCCAAGCUGAGCAUCUCGCACCACGCUCUGCCACUGACCCACCUCAUAUUGGGUCUGAAACACUUUCCACCAGCUGGGACACAGAGGGGGGACUGGUCUGAAGGGUAACUGGGUUUCGAGGUGGCUGCUUUUGAAGGGUACGUGUGGGACCUGCGUGGAGGUCUCCUCCCCCUCUGCCUCUUCUGAAGGUGCUUCCUGCUGCUGGUUAUAGACUUCAAACAGCUGACAGCAUCCUGGUUUUCAUCCCAGGGAACAUUUCACCCUGACAGAAACCUGAUGCGAAUUACAACAGGGAGACGCACGCUCGCACACAAGCUCGCGCACACGCGCUCACACACACACACACACACCGCCCAGAGAAACCAUGAAGUGAUGGACGAUGACACUUGACACUCUCACCUGCAUAGCUUAUUAGUGUUGCAUAGCUCACCAGUCCGGUGUUGCCAGGUCAGUGAUUACUGCAUGGGUGUGUCCACGGUGGAAGCCGUUGGUAUGUGGUGCUAAGACUCCCAGGGCUGCACCUGGUACGGCCUGAGGUCCUGUGGGCACGCAGGUUACUAGAGCACUUAACCGUUAAAUCAGGGUUUCUCAUCUCUCUCUUAUCUACGUAUUGUAUUUCUAUGCAGGAAGUGCUUCUGUUGUGCGUGGAUCCUGCUCGCCUUCAAGUGUGUCCGUUUCUUCUUCCUCCAACUGUGUCAGCGGUUCUGGAAGCAGUGGUACAUAUCACAAGGCAAUGUCGGCUUGGUUCGGCUCAAAGUUUGUACUUGCGGAGACGAUUCGUUUCGAUUCCGUUUCACGGGACGGGGGAGUGUGCGAAUCAAGCGUUCCCCCUGGGGAUCGUUCUCGGCCGAGGUCUGAUCCCGUCCAAUCAGAACGCUCAGCUGAAGCUCCAGACGGACGUGUGCCUUUCGACAUCACCGUCUUCCUCUCUUGACCUCCGACCCUGACCACUGCAUGAAAACUAUACACACAAAUACUGUAUAUGUAUGCCAUACGUCCUCUCUUGUGGUAUACAGACCGCCUAGGUCAAGGGGCAGCUUUGGAGGUGGGGGGGGGGGUCACUUCCCCCUCCCUAACUCUUUCUGCUCAUGAUGAUUGUCUUAAAUAAGUGUGAUCAUCAUGUAGGUUAAACAACUCCAAUAGGUUUAUAGUUUGUUGUCAAAGCUUGUGAUUAUCGUUUGUUUGGUGUGUGUUUUUACUCAUUAUGUGGAUGUAUGUCAUGCUUUUCUUUUUUUGGUGAAGUGUUGCCUGGUGAUGAAGUGUGUCUGGGGUGGGAUCUUGUCUGUGGCCAAACCAAUUGCGUGAAACAGAAUUAUUUCAUCUGUGAAAUUGAAUUUGUCUGUCUGGAAUGAGAGGGUGAAGGGGGGAGAAAAUAAUCUUUUUGCAGAUUAAUUGUAUUUAUCCAAGUUUAUUCGCUAGGUAAUAUUUAUAAGAAAAUGUCAACAUUUGUAUGAUAAAUGUAUUAUAAUUAUGAUUUUUUUGCAGGUGGGGAAGACUAAGCAGGAAUGUACUUGACAUCAAGCAAAUCUGUUCCUUUCCUUCACACAGAAGGGAGUUACAGGGUCUGUCAGUCGUCUAUUGUAGGAUUUAUGAGUUGCUAGAUUUCUCAUGUCUGUUGACUCGCUGCCCCUCUGCUGAAACUGAUAAUAAAGUAUUUUUUAACCUGGUCCACUGUUAGACACCAGCAGAACUAGCCUGGCUUGGCUUUUUCUGUUCUCAUGGAGGUUGCUGUUCACUGUGGGGGAGUCUGAUGCUGUGUACACCAUUCUUAUGGACAUGUUGACCUGCGGACGUUAUUCUUCUCUGUUGUACGUCAGCUUGUAGAGGACACUGAUCUGUUCACGUUGUCCGAAAUGUGUAUGUUCUUCUGGAUUUCUUGGUGACACUGAGGUUUUCUUAAUAAAAAUGAUCUUAUCCACA